AUGCCGACGUACCGCAUAGACCUAGCGCCCACUGGUCGCGCAGGCUGCACGAAUAAAGAGUGCAAAGACAACAAGGUCAAGAUCACCAAGGGCGACGUGCGAGUCGGUUCCUGGGUGGACACUGAGAAAUACCAAUCGUUCAUGUGGCGCCACUGGGGAUGUGUUACGCCCAAGAUGAUCACCAACAUGAUCGAGGUUGUGGGAGAGGGUGACGAUCGAGACCUUGAUCUGCUUGAUGGCUAUGAGGACCUUCCUCAGGAGCACCAGGAGAGGCUUGCUAGAGCUUUGGAUCAGGGUCAUAUUGAUGACGAGGAUUGGAAUGGGGAUCUCGAGAUGAAUCGGCCUGGCAAGCAUGGGUUCCGUGUGCGCGGUGCAAAGAAGAAGGCUGCCAAGGCUGCAGAAGAGGAGGAGGAGGAGGAUGAGAAGGAGGAGGAGAAGGAGGAGGAAUCUGAAGAGGAGCGCAAAGAAACCACCAAGCCCAAAAAACGCAGCCGCUUCGAUGUCAAGGAGAACGAAGACGAGGAAAAGAAGCCUAAGCCCAAGAGGAAGGCCACCGGCUACCCGAAAUACGUACCGCCCGCUUCCGAAGAAGAGGAAGAGGAAGAGGACGAAGAGCCUGUUCCUGCCAAGGCCAAGACCAAGGCUACUAAGCGCGGCAAGGCGAAGAACGAGGACGCUGCUGCCCCGGCCGCCAAGCGCGCGAAGAGAGCCAAGAAGAACGACGAUGAGGCUGCUGAAGACGAGCCUGUGGCGGAAAAGCCUAAGCGUGGGCGCAGAAAGAAGUCGACCUGA